GGUGAGCGCACAAAGUGAAGCCACUUCGCUGAUUCACGCCUGGCUCUGCCACCAUGGUGCCGGAUGCAGGACCCGCACCGAGGCUCACCUGCCAGGCGCGUGUGGCGGGCGCGCGCGUGGCCGUCCUGGCCGGUGUUGCCAGCGUGCUGCUGACUGCCCGAUGGAUCAGUAGUGACAAGCCAGGCUCGGUUUUCGUGCUGCCGCGGACCCUGCGAGAGACCCAAAGGCCCGUGACACCUGCGCAACCUACGCAGACGCCGCAGGGGUAUCCGCGGGAGUCUGGCCGCUCCGCUUCGUCCAGCUCCUUUGCAUUCCUUGGAAUGUGUGCUGCCUGUGGUGUGCAGAUUGUGUCGAGGGUAACACGCAGUGGCAAGUUCAACCGGAAGCCGAGCAAGCAGACGGAUUGGAAUCAUCCACGACUGGGAUAUCGCAUCAAAGGCGCUCCUGGCUGGAAUGGCUCCCCUCACACCUGGACGGACCCCAUCCGGUGGGUUCAUCGCUUCCGCCGCAGAAUCCACAUCCGCCGGAAGGUUGAGGGUACGCCGGCAAGACCGAGACUUGCCAUCUACCGAUCCCACAUGCACAUGCAUGCCAGCGUUAUCGACGACACGCACGGCACUGGCAUCACAAUGGUUCAGGUGACAUCCAAGCAGACUCCUUCCCUGGAGAAGCUGCGAGAGAAGCAAGGAUGCGAGAAGGGCGGCGAGAAAACCUGGUCGGUGGAAGCGGCCGAGAUCGUAGGCGAAGAGAUCGCCAAGCAAUGCCUUGACAAGGGCAUCACCAUGGUAGUCUUCGACCGUGGUGGCUUCCGUUACGAGGGCCGAGUGAAGGCUUUGGCGGAGGCCGCGCGGAGCGGCGGCCUUCAGUUCUGAGCCGGGACAUGUGCAGUCCCAGAGUGGUGACAUUUU